AUGGCGACAUCCGUGGCCGACGAGGACGCGCUGGCCCUGGCGCUGCGCGUGGACAGCUCCGCGCUGCGCUGCUCCAGCGCCGUCGAUGCUGAAGAUGCUGAUGCUGAGGGGGAGGAGGCGCCAGUGUCGCUGUUCGACGACCCGCGCGUGCGCGUGGACGUGGCCGAGGACCUGACGCUGCUGCUGGGCUUCGAGCGGCGCGUGUACACUGCGGGCGUGCAGGAGGACGUGGAGCAGAGCGGGAGUGAUGGUCAGCAAGGCGUCCCCCUGUGUGUGGUGGUGGGCGCCCAGGACGUCCGCCUGGACGAGGACGAGCGCGUGGCGGACGUCAAGUGGCUGGACCGAGAGCUCUUCGCCGUGGGCUACACGUCGGGCGUCGUGCGCCUCUUCAGCCGCGUGGGGAAGCUCCUCUUCGAGCAGAAGCUGCACGGCGCGGCCGUGCUCAAGCUGGACGUCAACCGCAACGCCGCGACCAUGGUGGCGCCGCGCCGCGCGAGCGUCUUGCUGGCCAGCGAGCCCGACACGGAGGGCGAGUUCUGGGUGCUCUACGCGGACUCGACGGUCGCCAUCAUCCAGAUCUCGGAGAUCCUGAGCAAGCUCAACUCGGCCGUGUUCGGUCCUGGGCAGGCCAGCAAGUUCAGGAAGUACUCGCUGCGAGACCAGAAGGAAAUAGUGGCGGCGGUUCCGUGCGGACCCGUGAGGCCGACGAUCUUCCAGUCGCACGCGCGUCUCGGGGUGUACACGAUCGUGAGCGCGGGGCAGGCGCCGUUCCUCGCGUUCUACCAGGCGGGGAACGACCAGAACUCGAUCAUCCACUUGGCGCAUAUCGCGACUGCCAUUGCUUCGAGGGCUGCUGGAGCUGUGUGGAACUUUGCGACUAGCUGGGGGUGGGGACGAGGUGCUGGUGAGUCGGAGGAGCAAGCAGAUGGACAUGCCGGUUAUACGCAGCUAGGUGCUGGGGCAAUCGACGCUGCGGCUGAGCAUGUGCCUGCCCCUGUCGGCACUACUCGAUCUAUUUACGAGGACGACCGACGGCGAUGCAGAGUUCUCGUGUUGAGCCCGACGGGCAGACUCGCGGCUGUCUCGGACACGCUUGGCCGGAUUCUGCUGGUUGAUACCUCUCGGAUGAUUGUGAUUCGGAUGUGGAAGGGCUAUCGGAACGCGCAGUGUGGCUGGAUGCAGGGCUCGGAAGGCGCUCGCCGUCCUCCUGGGCUUUACCUCGUCAUUUAUUCAGCCCAACGUGGCAUCGUCGAAGUGUGGCGUGCCCGGUAUGGUCCCCGGGUUUUCAGCUUUGCAGUUGGCAACAGCGCGAAGCUUUUCACACAGUUCGACCCCGCGAUGCGCAGGACAAAGUGCGUUGUUCUGUCGAAGACGAGUGAGACUCUCUCGGAGCUGAUUGAGCUGAAGCCCGGGCUGCCCAAUGCGUCGAUUUUGCUCAAGUAUUUCACACAGAACAAACUCCAAGAAGAGAACUUCCUUCUGCACCAGGUGAUAGGUGGCCUUCAGGCAUUUGUGAAGAAGAAACGUGUCGACGCGACUCAUACGCUCGAGCAAGACAUACUGGGCCCGUUGCUAGAAGAUAUCGGCAGCCUUUCUUCAUCCACUACGAUCCAGGCGCUACUCGACGUUUUACUUAAUGCAGACAUGGCAGUAUUGAACGCGAGCUUUUUGCUCAAGGCUUUGGAAAAGUUGCAGCUGGCAUUAAAGAACGGAAUGUCAUCGAGAACGCCGACUGGAGCAGAGUUAUCGCUGCAGUGGAAGUUGCUCUGGCAGCACCGCCUCGUAUCAACUUUUAUCGGAUUUCAGACCGAGUUUGAGCGAGGUAAGCGCGCUCUGAUAACCAUGGUGCAGACUUCCGUUAAAGAUACCAUCUCUCGGUUCAGUGGCAACAAGCAGCAAACUGGUCCAUUGCCGCGCGUCCUUCCGUGGCUGGAGCUGUUUCGUCGGGCUGGUAUUGCGCUGGACGAUGAAUCACGAUCUCGAACACAACGAGCGAUUGAAAGCGCCAGUCAACUCACGGCGUGGGAGUUCAUGGAGUUCUUCUCCAUGCCGUUUAGUGAUCCUGACUUGCCUCGUCGCCGCGAUAUUUUAUCUCUGUUUGAGGUUGCGGAAACGAAGGAGGAGUUUUUGCGUGAGGCUUUCCGCGUGUUGAAAACUCCCAUUUUUCGUAAAUUCUCGACUGCUGCUCAGAGAGAUUGCCUCUUUACGUUUAUCCUCGCGCCAGUGCUAUCGAGUGUCUUCGCUGUUCAGGAGCUGCAACAAUUGAAUUCGGCUAUCUUCUUGUCGGAAGAUAUUCUGACAAGAGUAUUUAUUGAGUGGUUUUACUCACUCCCUCUCAGUGCGAUCCUCGCACUGCCUUCGCCCUCGCUGUCUUCGUCGCUCCAGCGGUGGCUGCAGCCUUAUUUCGUUAUUGCAGAUGUGGAGACAGCAAUAGAGCAAGAGGUAGAAGACAACGCAGGGACGCCUUUUGUUUCGACAGAGAGCCAACUUCGCCGCUUGCGCGAUUGUCCCCGCUCGCUGGUGGAAGUCUUCAACUCAUGCUGGAAGACGCCGAAGCUUUUCCAUGCCUUCGUAUUGAGUGAGCAUUGCGGGUGGGGAGAGAAGCAGUCAGCUAAACAUGCUGAAGAAGAUACCUUCGGGAAGUACAGCAGCGCUGGUAGCGGAACGCGCUGGGUCAUUUUGCAGGACUCCAUCGCUAAAACCGUGCAUUUGUCAUUGCGUCUUGGGAAAGUCGGCCGUCUGUCUGUUGACGCUGUUGAGCACGUUGAUGACAUCAUUCGAAGUAUUGCGGUAAUGCAAAUAAACGAUGGCCACGAGGCUGGUGAAGAUGACGCUGCAGUACAACUACCGACGGACCGUGUUGAAGCAAGCAUGAGUGAAGAUGGUACAGACGGCUGGGUCGCGACAAUGGAAAACUGUCGGAAGGCUGUCCAGAUGAAGGAUUGCCCAGCAGUAUUGCGUGCUUAUCCCCAAUUCUCGAACAAGGAUUCUCUGUGCUGCUUCCGGGUCGGAGUCCUGUGCACCGCGUGGAAUGCAGAGCGUUCGGACAUGCGUCAGCUGGAGGAUGCGCUGCUGGAGCUCGAUUGUGUGGAGUCUCUUCGAAUAAAAGUGGCAAUGGCGGCGCAUAUCUGGGAAAGAUAUAUUCGUGUGCACGUGGUCACGCUGAUUACGUUUUGGGAGGAAAGCGCUGCUGGCAAGAAGCCGCAACGCGGUCUCCAGCCUCAAGUGGCUCGCCGGUUUUUUGGUAUAAUCCGGAAUCUGCUUGUCACUUUGUUGUCAGCAGUCAAAGCAAUGUCCGCAUCGCGAGCCAUAGCAACUGCGUACGGCGAGGACGGAGCUGACAGCGAAUACGACGAUGAAACAAGCGAUGCGGAUGCCGACUCUGACGAAGACGAUGUUGAUACUGUGUCGCGUACCACUGCAUUCAAGAUGGAAAGCUUGACUCAAUCAGUCAAGUGGCGUUGCCGUGUGAAGGAUCUCCAUUUGAUAUUCCGGCAGCGAUGGCCACCUUCACAUGAUACAUCUGCACUGAUGCAGUCGCUGGGGAACUUCAAGUUUGACAUGGUCUCAGUGACGCAGAUCGCAGAUCACAUCAGUUUGAUUAUGCUGCUCGAUUCCUUCGCCGCGACGGCAGUGACACCGAUCUCAAUUGUGAAGCUGUUCUCGAAUAGUGGUCGAUAUUUGUGCCGCUCGGACAGCUUUCUGAUGACCCAAGCACCGACUGAGCCUAGCAAAGAAGAGGUGAACUCUAUCAACCGGAAUCGUACCAGGUUCCUGAAGGAGCUUCUCCGGCAUGACGAAGCGCUGGGGUUUGCGCUUGCAGAGGCCUUUGGACUGCCGUUGGAGGUGAUUCGUGAAGAGUACGUGCUCUUCUUGUACCAGUCCGGCCGGGACGAGCGCGCAGACUUGGCGAUUGAGAAGAUGCAGAAACCGGAACGCUUGGUACUGAAGCUUGGAGCGAUCGCUCGAGCUCGGCUUUCCCUUAUUCUGCGGCGAAUGAAGACGGAGGCAGAGUACGCCGUGGUGAUGAGUAUGCUGCCUGCAGACGUCUUCGCGUGGGUGAUCAGUGACUCUCAGCCACCUCUCGUGGCGGACCCCCUAGUCGAGAAACUCGACCUCACGCCAUCGCUUACUUCUACUCACUACCUGCUGCUCAAGUGCUUGGCGUUGAUUGCUCCCACCGGCGAGGAGUUCGAGAAGGUAUCAGCAAUGUCCGUGCUGGUGAAGGAUGUCAUCAGCCAGGUAAAGCUGCAUUCAUAG